AUUUGCUUUCCUCCUCCAGUUGGUGGAUCUAAACAAGUCAAGAGACAUUUGAACCCUCCUGAGAUUCCUCCCCCCUUUCCCCCUUUCUUGGAUGCUUGGACUCUCUGCUCCAUUUUCUCUCAUUUCUCUUCGUGGUGAUCUUUUCUCUUCUCCCACCAGUCUCCUCUUUUAAAAUUAUAAAGAUCCAAAGAAGCCCCUUCUUCUUGUUGACGGUGUUAGCAGCAGCAGCAGCCAGAGGUGCUGUGCUAAAUUCUUUGGCGGGGGCCCGGAUGUUCUCUGAGGAUGCUUUGCAAUUGUACUAAAGGAGGCAGUAGUGGAAAGGAUCAGUUUUUGGGCUUUGAUGCAAUCAUGGGAAUCAGGUAAUAACCAAGCGGGGAAAUUUAAUCGCCGCAGCAGCUUCAGUUUCUUCCUUGAACUGCUCAUCCCAUCUGCUGAUUUGUGUUUUGGUCCGGUUUUUUUUUUUUUUUUUUGGAUUUGGAGGAAUUAAAAUCUGAACUCCCGCUUGGGCGUUUUGUUUUUUGGUCCCUCGUUCCUCUACUUAAAUGGUCAAUGAAAACAAGAGGAUGUACAUUCCAGAAGAAAACCACCAAGGUUCCAACUAUGUGAGUCCCCGUCCAGCUCAUGCCAACAUGAAUGCCAAUGCAGCUGCAGGGCUGGCACCUGAGCAUAUCCCUACUCCAGGUGCAGCCCUUUCCUGGCAGGCUGCUAUUGAUGCUGCCAGGCAAGCCAAAUUGAUGGGUGCAGCUGGCAAUGCAACAAUAUCCACUGCUAGCUCCACACAGAGGAAACGUCAGCAGUAUGGGAAACAGAAAAAACAGGGUACCACCACCGCUACACGUCCUCCCCGGGCAUUGCUGUGUUUAACACUGAAAAAUCCCAUCCGGAGGGCAUGCAUCAGUAUUGUUGAAUGGAAACCAUUUGAAAUUAUUAUUUUACUCACUAUUUUUGCCAAUUGUGUGGCCUUAGCUAUCUAUAUCCCCUUUCCAGAAGAUGAUUCCAAUGCUACCAAUUCCAAUCUGGAACAAGUGGAAUAUCUCUUUCUCAUAAUUUUUACAGUGGAAGCAUUUUUAAAAGUAAUAGCAUAUGGACUUCUCUUUCACCCUAAUGCUUACCUCCGCAAUGGCUGGAAUUUACUAGAUUUUAUAAUUGUGGUAGUAGGGCUUUUUAGUGCAAUUUUAGAACAAGCAACCAAAGCAGAUGGGGUAAAUUCAAUGGGAGGCAAAGGUGCCGGAUUUGAUGUUAAAGCACUUCGGGCUUUCCGAGUAUUACGUCCCUUACGACUGGUAUCUGGAGUUCCUAGCCUCCAGGUGGUUUUAAAUUCUAUUAUUAAGGCCAUGGUCCCUUUGCUGCACAUUGCCCUGCUGGUGCUGUUUGUUAUAAUCAUCUAUGCCAUCAUUGGACUAGAGCUCUUCAUGGGAAAGAUGCACAAGACUUGUUAUGCAACAGGAGUUGCAACAGAUGCACCGGCAGAAGAGGAACCUUCUCCUUGUGCACCUGUAUUUGCUCACGGUCGACAGUGUCAAAAUGGCACUGAGUGCAGGCCAGGAUGGGAGGGGCCCAAGCAUGGCAUUACCAACUUUGACAACUUUGCAUUUGCCAUGUUAACGGUGUUUCAGUGCAUCACCAUGGAGGGCUGGACAGAUGUACUGUAUUGGAUGCAGGACGCUAUGGGCUAUGAGUUACCCUGGGUGUACUUUGUCAGUCUGGUCAUCUUUGGAUCCUUUUUCGUUCUUAAUCUGGUUCUUGGUGUGUUGAGCGGGGAGUUUUCUAAAGAGAGAGAGAAGGCAAAAGCUCGAGGUGACUUUCAGAAGUUGCGGGAGAAACAGCAAUUGGAGGAAGACUUGAAGGGCUACCUGGACUGGAUAACUCAAGCAGAAGAUAUUGACCCAGAAAAUGAGGAUGAAGGCAUGGAUGAGGAAAAGCCCCGAAACAUGAGCAUGCCCACCAGUGAGACAGAAUCUGUGAAUACUGACAAUGUGGCUGGAGGUGAUAUUGAAGGAGAAAACUGUGGUGCGCGGCUGGCACACCGGAUAUCUAAAUCUAAGUUUAGUCGCUACUGGCGCAGAUGGAAUCGGUUCUGCAGACGGAAAUGUCGAGCUGCUGUCAAAUCAAAUGUGUUUUAUUGGCUUGUGAUCUUCCUUGUAUUUCUCAACACCCUUACUAUUGCCUCUGAACAUUACAACCAGCCAGAUUGGCUCACUGAAGUUCAAGACACUGCCAAUAAGGUACUGCUAGCUCUAUUUACGGCUGAGAUGUUACUGAAGAUGUACAGCCUGGGUCUUCAAGCCUACUUUGUGUCACUCUUCAACCGCUUUGACUGUUUCAUUGUGUGUGGUGGAAUCCUGGAGACCAUCUUGGUGGAAACGAAGAUCAUGUCACCACUGGGUAUCUCAGUGCUAAGAUGUGUGAGACUAUUGCGAAUAUUCAAAAUCACAAGGUACUGGAACUCAUUGAGUAAUUUGGUGGCUUCCCUGCUCAACUCUGUGCGCUCCAUUGCCUCCCUGCUGCUGCUGCUCUUCCUCUUCAUCAUCAUCUUCUCCCUCCUAGGAAUGCAGCUAUUUGGGGGCAAGUUUAACUUUGAUGAGAUGCAAACCAGGAGAAGCACAUUUGACAACUUUCCUCAAUCACUGCUCACUGUGUUUCAGAUCCUGACUGGGGAGGACUGGAAUUCAGUGAUGUAUGAUGGGAUCAUGGCUUAUGGCGGCCCCUCUUUUCCAGGAAUGUUGGUCUGUAUUUACUUCAUCAUCCUCUUCAUCUGUGGAAACUAUAUCCUGCUGAAUGUGUUUUUGGCCAUUGCGGUGGACAACCUUGCUGAUGCUGAGAGCUUGACAUCUGCUCAGAAAGAGGAAGAAGAAGAAAAAGAAAGGAAAAAACUAGCUAGAACUGCUAGUCCUGAAAAGAAGCAAGAGCCAGAGAAGCCAGCUGUGGAGGGGGAGACCAAGGAGGAGAAAAUUGAGCUGAAAUCAAUCACUGCAGAUGGGGAGUCUCCACCUUCUAAUAAGAGCAAUAUAGACGAAUAUCAGCUUAAUGAAAAUGAAGAAAAAAAUCCCUAUCCUACUACUGAAACACCAGGAGAAGAGGAGGAAGAAGAGCCCGAGAUGCCAGUUGGGCCUCGUCCACGCCCAAUGUCUGAACUGCACCUCAAGGAGAAAGCUGUACCUAUGCCAGAAGCCAGCGCUUUUUUCAUCUUCAGCCCUAGCAACAGGUUUCGGGUCCACUGCCAUCGCAUCGUAAACGAUAACAUUUUCACCAACCUGAUCCUCUUUUUCAUCUUGCUCAGCAGCAUCUCUCUAGCAGCUGAGGAUCCAGUCCGACAUUACUCCGUUAGAAAUCAAAUUCUCUUUUAUUUUGAUAUAUUUUUUACUGUCAUUUUCACCAUUGAAAUUGCUCUGAAGAUCCUAGGCAAUGCAGAUUAUGUCUUCACUAGUAUCUUUACAUUAGAAAUUAUUCUUAAGAUGACUGCUUAUGGAGCUUUCCUCCACAAAGGCUCCUUCUGCAGGAACUACUUCAACAUCUUGGACCUGUUGGUGGUUAGCGUAUCUCUCAUCUCCUUUGGGAUCCAGUCUAGUGCCAUCAAUGUAGUGAAGAUACUACGAGUCCUGAGAGUGCUCAGACCACUGAGGGCUAUCAACCGAGCCAAAGGACUAAAGCAUGUGGUUCAAUGUGUGUUUGUAGCCAUCCGAACCAUCGGGAACAUUGUGAUUGUCACAACGUUAUUGCAGUUCAUGUUUGCCUGCAUUGGAGUUCAGUUGUUCAAGGGCAAACUGUACAGCUGUACUGACAGCUCCAAGCAAACAGAAGCAGAGUGCAAGGGCAAUUUUAUCACUUACAAGGAUGGAGAAGUUUCUCAGCCGAUGAUCCAGCCUCGAAGCUGGGAGAAUAGCAAAUUUGAUUUUGACAAUGUCCUCACUGCCAUGAUGGCCCUCUUUACUGUUUCAACCUUUGAAGGCUGGCCAGAACUGCUGUACCGAUCCAUUGAUUCCCAUAUGGAGGAUGUAGGGCCUAUCUACAACCACAGAGUGGAGAUCUCAAUUUUCUUCAUUAUCUAUAUCAUCAUCAUCGCCUUCUUCAUGAUGAACAUCUUCGUUGGUUUUGUCAUUGUAACUUUUCAGGAACAAGGAGAGCAGGAAUACAAGAACUGUGAGCUAGAUAAGAACCAGCGCCAAUGUGUAGAAUAUGCUCUGAAGGCCCGUCCCCUGAGGAGAUAUAUCCCCAAAAACCAGUACCAGUACAAAGUAUGGUAUGUGGUGAACUCCACCUAUUUUGAAUACCUGAUGUUCGUCCUCAUUCUGCUGAACACGAUCUGCUUGGCCAUGCAGCACCAUGGUCAGAGCUGUAUCUUCAAAGAAGCAAUGAACAUCCUCAACAUGCUGUUCACUGGCCUCUUCACUGUUGAGAUGGUUCUGAAAUUAAUUGCCUUUAAACCCAAGGGUUACUUUAGUGAUCCUUGGAAUGUUUUUGACUUCCUCAUCGUAAUUGGCAGCAUUAUAGACGUCAUUCUCAGUGAAACUAAUCACUAUUUCUGUGAUGCAUGGAAUACAUUUGACGCCUUGAUUGUUGUGGGUAGCAUUGUUGAUAUAGCAAUCACCGAGGUGAACCCAGCUGAACAUACCCAAUGCUCUUCCUCUAUGAACGCAGAGGAAAACUCUCGCAUCUCAAUCACCUUUUUCCGACUCUUCCGGGUGAUGCGUCUCGUGAAGCUUUUGAGCCGAGGGGAGGGCAUCCGUACGCUCCUGUGGACCUUCAUCAAGUCCUUCCAGGCUCUCCCCUAUGUGGCUCUUUUAAUUGUGAUGCUGUUUUUUAUCUAUGCUGUGAUUGGGAUGCAGGUGUUUGGCAAAAUUGCUUUGAAUGAUACCACAGAAAUCAAUCGGAACAACAACUUUCAGACUUUCCCUCAGGCAGUGCUGCUCCUUUUCAGAUGUGCUACUGGUGAAGCUUGGCAAGAAAUCAUGCUGGCAUGCCUCCCAGAUAAGAAGUGUGAUCCUGAUUCCUUUGAACCAAACAACUCUAAUGAUGGGGAACAUCCAUGUGGAAGCAGCUUUGCUGUCUUUUAUUUCAUCAGUUUCUACAUGCUUUGUGCCUUCCUGAUCAUUAAUCUUUUUGUAGCUGUUAUCAUGGAUAAUUUUGAUUACCUGACACGGGAUUGGUCCAUCCUUGGUCCUCAUCAUCUGGAUGAGUUUAAAAGGAUCUGGGCAGAAUAUGAUCCUGAAGCAAAAGGACGUAUCAAACACUUAGAUGUCGUGACCCUCUUGCGUCGGAUACAGCCUCCACUGGGUUUUGGAAAACUCUGCCCUCACCGAGUAGCUUGCAAGCGCCUUGUCUCCAUGAAUAUGCCACUGAACAGUGAUGGGACCGUCAUGUUUAAUGCAACCUUGUUUGCACUGGUCAGAACAGCACUGAGGAUCAAAACAGAAGGUAACUUGGAGCAAGCCAAUGAAGAACUCCGUGCAAUCAUUAAGAAAAUCUGGAAACGCACUAGCAUGAAGCUGUUGGAUCAGGUCGUGCCACCAGCAGGUGAUGAUGAGGUAACCGUUGGAAAGUUCUAUGCUACAUUCCUAAUUCAGGAGUAUUUCCGGAAAUUCAAGAAGCGCAAAGAACAGGGCCUUGUGGGCAAACCUUCCCAGCGGAAUGCUCUUUCUCUCCAAGCUGGUUUGCGAACAUUGCAUGACAUUGGACCAGAGAUCCGGCGAGCAAUCUCUGGAGACUUAACAGCAGAAGAAGAAUUAGACAAGGCGAUGAAAGAGGCUGUUUCUGCUGCCUCUGAAGAUGACAUUUUCCGGAGAGCUGGUGGUUUGUUUGGAAAUCACGUUGGCUACUACCAAAGUGACGGCAGAAGUCCAUUCCCUCAGACAUUCACUACGCAGCGCCCUUUGCACAUCAAUAAAUCUAGCAACAACCAAGGAGACCCUGAAUCCCCAUCCCAUGAGAAGCUCGUGGAUUCUACCUUCACGCCAAGCAGCUACUCAUCAUCAGGCUCCAAUGCUAACAUCAAUAAUGCCAACAACACUGCCCUGAGCCGCUUUCCCAAUCCACCAAGCUAUCCCACCACUGUCAGCACCGUGGAAAGCUACAGCGCUCCUUUGUCACCCACUGCACAGAUCCAGGAAGUUCCUUGGAAGCUUGGCUGCAGAAGUAGGAUGCGUUAUUAUGAAACUCUGGGGCGAUCCUGUUCCAGAGACAGUCAGGUGGCUAUUGUUUGUGAGGAGGAGGCUUCUCAGGAAGAGGAAACAUAUGAUGAGCAACUAAACGAAGAAGCUGAGUACUGCAGUGAACCAAGCCUACUAUCCACUGAAAUGCUCUCAUACCAAGAUGAUGAACAUAAACAGCUAACUCCACUUGAAGAAAAGAAAGGGGAAGACAUCCAACACUCUCCAAAGACUGGGUUCCUGCAUUCCUCAUCACUAAGUCGGAGAGCAUCCUUUCAUCUGGAGUGUCUAAAGAGACAGAAAAACCAGGGUACAGAAGUUGCACAGAAGACAGUACUACCCCUGCAUCUGGUACAUCAUCAGGCACUGGCGGUUGCAGGUCUGAGUCCUCUUCUUCAAAGAAGCCAUUCACCCAUAAGGUCUUCUCGGUCAUGUGCCACACCCCCUGCUACACUCUGUACACGAGAUUGGCUACAGCAGCCUCUUAAAACCUUGCGGCUCAAAGGAGAGGAGUCCAAUGAGAAACUCAAUAAUAGCUUCCCAUCAGUAUACUGCAGCUCCUUGUAUUCUGACAGCACCAGCUCUAGCAGCACUCGAAAAGCCAGGCCAGUCUCCCUCACAGUUCCCAGCCAGACCAGAGAGUGUGGCAGGCAAUUUCACGGCAGCGCUAACAGCCUUGUUGAAGCGGUCUUGAUUUCGGAAGGACUGAUGCAGUUUGCUCAAGAUCCAAAGUUCAUCGAGGUCACGACCCAAGAGCUAGCUGAUGCCUGUGACUUGACAAUAGAAGAGAUGGAGAAUGCUGCAGACAACAUUCUCAAUGGUAACAGCAAGCCAAGCCCUAAUGGCAACCUCUUGCCUUUUGUUAAUUGCAGGGACCCAGGGCAGGACUGUAUGGGAGAGGAAGCAGCCCAGAACCCAGAUUGUAGAAAAAGUCAAGAGGAGCCUAAGGACAGCAGGAUUUAUAUCAGCAGCCUGUAGUUGCCAAGGCUGAAAGUGAUGCUGGUUUUUUAAUUUGUUUCAAUGUUCCUAAUGGGUUUGUUUCAGAAGUGCCUCACUGUUCUCGUGACCUGGAGUAACCAGAACAGCGUUCUUCAUUCAUUUCUGUCGGGAAGAAUCGCAGAGUUGGGUGGUGUAAAAGAGCUUUUCAGGAGUGAAUAUACAACCCCAGCAUGUGUCCAUGAAGGAAGAAUGAGGAGAAGUAAAAGGAGGGGAGUCAACUCCCUCCAUUUUUCAGUCCCUGCACAAGGAACAACUGCUGCUUCCUGAAUGUGAAGAAAAACCUCAGCUUCCUGUGGAUGGCCCUAGCCAAAAGGACACUGCAUCAAACGGGUGUCUUUCAACUUUGCUUGUACAAAAGAAGAAUCAUUUUGCACAUAUUCUGUAUGAGCCUCACCGUCUCCAUAAAGCCAAGGCCCUUUUGAUCUACAGGUGGAAUAGAAGACUUCUGCAACAGUUCCCCAUACUUUGCUGAGGCAGAAGCUGCAAGGGUACAGGAGAUACAGGUGGCAAUAUUGCAGAUGCUUCUUGAUGGAAAUGCAGAGACUCCCAGGCAGUUUUCUCUGCCAACCAAUCAGAGCUCAGGCAGCUUUCCCUGCCAUCCAAUCAGAGCUCAGACAGCUAGCUGUGCUAACUGCUCAAAGAGCAGGAAGCCAGCUCUGUCAAACCGGAGUUCAGGCGACCCACCCAUUUCGAAUAGAGGUGGUGAUGGGCUUACGUAGAUCUCUCCUUGUUUUUGUUGUUUGAUAUUUCCUUGAAAGCAUGUUCUAAAUUUUAUUUUUGAAUAUUUUAUUUUAUUGUGUUUUAUUUUUUGAGGGAGAGGGCUGAAGGAGUGUUUACAAAGUUUUGUAAUCACCUACUUUUUGGGUUUUUUCCCCCACCUUUUCAAAUGUUUAAAAUUGGUUUGAUUAUGUUGUACUAUUUAAUUUUUUUGUUUUCCUCCAUUGAAAUUUGGUAGAAGCUAAUAAUGAUAUUAGAACUGAGUUUUGCCAACCAUUAUGUACACCAGAAUUUGUAAUUUUAUUUGAAGUAAUGGGAAAUUCCUUUUUUGUUGUUGUUUUUAUAAUUUAAAGAUAGUAGGCAAUGCACUUGAUAUAGUCUUGCACAUAUGAGUGAUCGAUCUGGAUUCUUUAUAGCGCUAGGUAUAUUUGUGAGUGUGUGAAUGAGUGAGCAGGACUGAGUGAAUAUGCGAAUACACGCCUGAAAGUGUGUAAGUUCAUACAGUUCUCCACUUCCUGGUUAUAACUGCGGGAGGACUGUAUCUGGGGUUAUUUGAGUGUGCAAAAUAAACCACUGUCUCUGCUUUUGAAAGGGGAAUCAGUAACUCUUUGCAUUUUCUGUUCCACAAGAUAUGCAAAAACAAUGCAAUAAUAUUAAUUUUGAAUACAAUUUGUGAAUUGUGUUGGCAUUAAAACUGUAUAGAAAAGCAAAACAAGGGGAUUAAAACAAACAAAACCAAGUGAGAAGGAGUUAUGUUUCGAUAUAUUCUGUGUGAUGUUUUAUUGCAUUGAUAAUGUUUCUGUUGAAGAAACCGUAAUACUUGAAUUCAGGUCAGUUUCAGUAUUUUUCAACUAUUUUUUUAAAAUGAAUUGCAAUUGUGCCAAGCAAAUAUAAUGAAUUAAGUUUGUUUAAGGGAAAAUAAUAAUUCUUGUAUAUUUUGCUGCAUGUAAAGUAAAUCAUUUCGUAUAUGGAGUGUGCCAAGCUUUACCUUUGAACUUUCAAGUGCUUUUCUACAUGUGGUUAGGGGAAAGGGUAUACUUUUUCAUUUUUUUUCAUUUGUACAAUGAACAAAGUGUACCUGGUGUUAAGUAACUAUUCUACAACUCACUGACAGGUUGAACGUUAACUGAUUUUGCAUAUCUUGUGUUCAUUUUCCUUUUUCUGCACUUCCUUAAACAUGCCCAAUGACGAAUUGGGAAGUAUCUUGGUUUUUGAAGCUUGGAAUUUUUGUCCAGAUUUCACCCCCUUGCACAGUUUCUCUCAAUGAUUCUCCUCACUAAAGGAUGGCAAACUUUAUGUGCCAGGAUUGUCAGGUAGAUCUAUGCCUAUAAACUGAGCUGGCAUCAGCAACACUGGGAAGAAAGAAAUAUCCUAUUUCUUUUACGAUAUAGAAAGAAAAUACUAAAGAUAAUGUAGUGACAUGAAAUAAACUUAAGGAGUUAGUGCCCUCUUUAUAUGAGGUGAGGUAUACAGGAGGCUUAAACAAACUGGAUGUUUAGAAAGAGUGAAAUUCUUUAGAUGAGAAGCUGAAUUUUUUUUAUACUUUUAGAAAAACACAGAAAACAAACAUAUAACAUUUAAGAUGGAAUUUUUAAAGAAUAUAUUACCCACAGGGAAAAGAACCAGAUGACAAGGAUAAGAUGGCAAAAAACUCACUAAGCAGUAGCAGUGCUAAUACAUAUUCAAAAGUUCUGAUGAAUAUAAUUCAUGUUCGGGAUAUAAACCAGCAGGUAUCAAUUUAAGAUGCACUAGCUAAAAACUGUAUAAAAUUUAACUAGAAAUUGUUUUCAGAAUCACUUUACCAGGACAUAGACAAAUUAGGAAGAAUACACAAAAUGAUAACUGAAGCCAAAUAAUGUGAAAGAGCCUGGUGUGUCUAGCCCACGGUAGGAAAUUAUGAAUGGGGCCAGGGGAGAAUAUGUUGACUGUUCCUAAAAAUUUAAAAAUAUAUGAAAGAAAGCUAGGUAUCAGUUGUUUACCAUAACCUCAAUAAUGCUCAUAUGUUGCUUGCAUGUAUGGGUCUGAGUGCAUCUGCCACCAGCUACCAAAUGAUCAAUCAGCACCAUGAUCUUUCAGCAACAAUUAUUUGUUCAAGAGAGAGUGACUGGAUUAAGUCUUACCAAAUAGGUGACCACACUAUUCUGACAGUGUUGAUCAUAAUUAGGGUUGUGUGCAUAAUUUGCAAUUCAUGAGCAGGAAACCUGCAUGUAGCCAGAGUUUCAAUGCAAUAAUACAGUUCUAAAAAUCAUGUAUGCAGCACCUUUCUGAGUACAAGAUGCUCUCAAAACCAUUAUGACAUGCACAUGCAGACCUUGGUGCAUAUCAACAGAGAAUGACAAAAAAUGUUCAUUUAAAUUACAUUAAAUGCAUUUAAAUUUAACUAUGACAGAAGUGUUUUACAUAAGAUGUCUAUGGAAGCUUUUUAAAAGCUGGAUAGUGUUCAUACUUUCAGAAGUCUAUAUAAAGUCAGAAUCUUUAGUUAGCUAAGUCUUCUUGUAUACAUUUGGCUUUUACUAAAGUCCUAGAGUAAAUACUUCUAGUUUAUGUAUAUAGAAAAACUGUUGCUAUCAGUUUGUACCUAGACAUCUGCCUUUCCCUCAUCAGUAUAAACUGAAAUAUUCUCUACUGCUUCUAAAGCCCCAUGUUUAUAAGCACUUGACCUCUCCCAUUCAGUGAUACGGAUUUUCUGGAAAAUUUUUACAUUGGAUUUUUUCCAGUAUAAAUUAGAUUAAUUAAUUUGCAUUGAAAAACUUGCUGAUGCCUCAGAGAGACCUAAUUUAGCAUGCUUAUUUUACUUGCAUUUAGUAAAAAAAUACAGUUAAACGUGAACCCAUGUUACAUAUACACCACAAGUAAUUGACAAAAUAUUUGAGGGGGGAAUUAAAGAAUUCUUGAUGGGACUUAAAUGUUAUAUUAUGUUCAUUUAUUUAUUGGAGCACUUGUUAAGAUUAAGGAAGUAUUUCCUUUCUAUUGUUUAAACGUGGGAAAGGACAAAAAAUGCUGACACACUAAUUAGUUUCAGCAAUAGUGUUUGCUAUGCUGACAACAACUCACCUAUUUCCACAGAGUUCAACUAUCAUCCUCUAAGACUGCUGGUGCACGUUCAGUCUUGCUGAAACUGACAAAUAUUCAUUUUUACUAAUAAACUUAUGAAAUUAAAAGAUUCUGUCCCACAUCACUGCCCCUAUCUAUUUCUUAUUUUCAGAAAUAAGUAUGGGCUUAUUGGCUGCAAUGUAACACAGAAGUAAGUGUAUUAAGCACAUUGAAAUUAAUGGUCUUGACACACUUAAUUCUGUUCUGCAAUGAGGCAUUAUUUUAAUAUAUGUGUUUAUUAACACAUAUCGUUAUACCUUGUUUUUCAAAGCACAAACCUUCACAAAGCAUCUUAUUUUAUUAAACUGGUAUAUAUACAAUUGAAAAUAGUUAAAAUUCAGUAUGGCAAACAAUACAAUAAAAGUAGGACAAUUCAAUUCUAUACAUGUCCACUAAAAAGCCUCGCUAUGUUUAGUGGGCUUGCUCCCAGGUAAACUCCAUUGUAAUCUUCCUGAAAAAAAUCUUUCAUAGUAAGGAUAUUUUCAAAACAUGCCUUAAAGCAAUGAAGAAAGGCAUGUGGUCAAUCUCCCUAGGGAGCGAACUCUGCAUUUACAGACAUACCUGGAAUCCUCUGAGACAUUUCCUGACUUGUGCAGUGCCUUUCCCUGGACCUGUAGUAUUUCCUUCCAGUUCCAAGCAUUUGAACAAUGGAAUGCUGGGGCAUCACAAGGAGGCUGCAAGGCACGAAGAACUUAUUUUUAUAUGUAAUAGAUGUGUAUCCCACUUUUCUACAAAAAUUUAUGCAAAACACUUAACAAAAAAUUAUAGACAGCAUUGAUUUUGUUUUCCAGUCCAUGUCAAAUCAUUUUUUCAUAACACAUUAAAGAGAAAACCCUUUUUGU